GUUGGAGCAGCGCGUCAUCGAGGCGGAAGAACGUGCCGAGGAGGCGGAAGAUAAGGUGCGGGCUAUGGAACAGCGGCUGAGUGAAUGGCCCAAACCACCACAAUCAGCCACAAACUCGCCGAUCCAUCAGAGCCAACAACUGCAGCAGCAGCAACAGCAACAACAACAAUCAACAGUAACCGCACAGCAAUCCGCUAGUCUUCCCACUAACGAGGCUGAGAAAACCAUAACCUCAUUGGAAAUACAAGUUGAAGAGCAACGUCAAUUGCGUCUACACGACGCUCGACAAGUCGAAGCGAAAGCGGCCAAAAUCAAGGAAUGGGUCACCAAUAAGCUACGCGAACUCGAAGAACAAAAUCAAUUGUUACGCGAACAGAAUGUCAAAUGUAAUCAGCAACUGGAACUGUUGAAGAAUCAUAUUGCCAAUCAAUCGAAUCGACACAGUAUCGUCGGUCCGCAUCCGGUGCGUAAUAGUCUGAGUUUGGACGUGCAAGAGUUCGCCGACUCAACAGAGGGGCGACGGCGCAGCGAGAGUUUAGAUCCACAAGAGAUUAUCAAUCGGCCAUUGACUGCUUCAUAUCCACAUCAUCAGCAUCGACGCAAUCUCAGCAUGGAGCCGCAAGAGCUCGAACGUAAUUUGGUAGCCGCAGUGGAUGGUUUAACGCUCACGCCACUAGCUAGCAUCACAAAGGCGUCCACGACGCGUCCUGAUAGUUCCGACACCGACACAGCACACGAUUAUGCGGAGAUCUAUACACCUUCGUGUGAGAAAUUACCCGCCUGGAUGAAGAACAAUCCCGCGCUGAUGGCUAGUGGCGGCAAUUCGAGCACCACAACUACAACCAGUGAUUUGGGCGUGCCACGUCCACCAACACCACCACUGCAUCGUUUUCCCAGCUGGGAGGCGAAAAUCUAUCAGGUGGCCAACGAUGGGCUGACAGGUGUGAGCGAGGAGAGCCUGUCGCAGCAUCAACCGCAACCGCAGCCGCCACCCGAUAUACAAGAGUCGACAAGUGGCGCAGCGUCAGCAGGCAGCAAUAGCGGUUGCAAUACGCUGGCAAAUGGUGGUGGACAUGGACGUACAACGCCAGCGAACAAUGGCACAUUGGGUAGUACGCGCGGCGGUGAGGGUGUUGGUGGCGGUAGCGGGGGCGGGGGUGUUGGUUCUGUUGCUGGUGGUACACCUGGCACGCCACAGCUGCCAACGCGCCAGCAGCAGACGGCGAGCGGAGGUUUCUGUGAUAUAUCGGUGCCCGUUUAUGCCACCGUCAAGGGGCGCGCUUCCCAAAUACGUUCCAUGCCCUUUACGGGCGACUCCAGCGAUGACUCCAGCGAUGGUGAGGAUCACGCCGUUAUGCUAACGCACAAUUCACACAACUCAUCGAGCACAGACAAUACGGAAACAUCCACCUCGGGUAGCGCUUCGAGUCCAUCGAAGAGCCUAAAGACAUCAUCGAGUUUGAGUCCGGCCAAACGUAGCGGCUCGGAGAGUCCAAAGAAUACGAAAGCGCGUGCUCACCAAAUGCACAUUUCCUCUACACAACUCACCAACACCAAUAAUAAACACAACAAUCAUUACAAUACAUUGCACUCAUACAACAAUACCAACAACACACAACAUUUGGGUCCUUAUUCCAUCUCACAAACCCUACCAUUGCCAACUCACAAUAAUAACACCGCCAUCUCCACCAACAACCACACGAAUACCAACAAUCAUCUACGUCUCCCCCACAUGCGUGGAACAGUAAUUUCAGAUAUUUCCUUUGAAUCAGGCCUAUCGGAUGAUUAUGCUUUACCGCCGGAUGCGGUGUCGGAAUCCACAUGCAUGGAUGCCUCCAUGCCGUCGUUGCUAAUGCGACAAUCUUAUGUGGAUUCGCCCAGCAAGAAGAUCGAAUCACUAGAAAAGAUGGGUCACCUCGCCAAGUUAGGUGGCAAAUUGAAGACUUGGCGUAAACGUUGGUUCGUGCUGAAGAAUGGCACACUCACCUAUUGGAAGAGUCAACAUGAUGUGAAUCGUAAGCCGCAAGGUCAGAUAAUGUUAGACGAAGCGUGUCGCAUUAAUCGCGCAGAGGGUGCUUCCACUUUUGAGAUUGAUACAGGCAAGAAGGUUUAUUACCUCACCGCCGACUCGAAUGCUACAAUGGACGAUUGGAUUCGCGUUCUACAGAAUGUGCAACGUCGCAAUGCGACUAAGCUGCUGUUGAGUCGUGACGAUCAAAAGCCCACCAUACAGGGUUGGGUGACCAAGGUGAAGAAUGGGCAUGCGAAGAAGUGUUGGUGUGUGCUAUUGGGUAAAAUGUUCCUCUACUUCAAGGCGCCGGGCGAAACGAAUCCGCUCGGUCAGAUUAAUAUGCGCGAUGCGCGCGUCGAAGAGGUCGAACAUGUUUCGGAUUCCGAUUCAGAGGAACGUGAAGAUCCUACACAGAGUCAAGCACGUAUGACCGUUGCCAUUUAUCCAGCUCAUCAAGGUCCUACAUACCUUAUACUACCCGGUAAACAGGAACGUGAUAAUUGGUUAUACCAUUUGACUGUAGUGUCGGGUGGUGGCCCGAAUGCGGGCACACAAUACGAGCAACUCGUACAAAAACUUAUGGAGACUGAUGGAGAUCCAAAUUGUGUUCUAUGGCGCCAUCCAAUUUUAUUGCAUACCAAAGACGCCAUCACUUCACCGCUUACCUCGCUGCACUCGGAAGCCAUGCAACCAGAAGCUAUUAAACUGUUUAAGAGUAUUCAACUGUUUAUGUCGGUCGCUGUAAAUCAACCCGGCAUCGAUUAUCAUGUCGUCUUGGCACAAAAUGCCCUACAACACUGCCUCGAUAUGCCCGAAUUGCAAACGGAAAUGAUAGGCAUUCUCGUGAAGCAAACAUCACGGCACACGGGCCAAAAGCUGAGUGUCGGCGUCCAGCAACUACUAUUGUGCGCCACGCAGAGUCUAUUUACUUGUGAUACCCAACAAGGUGGCACCGCGCAGGCCAAUGGCAGUUCACCAACAUCCAUACAGGCACCCGCUCCACCACCUAUCAUCGAUUGUAAAUCCAAUCCACCUGCCUAUUCGUUCGUCCAAGGCUGGCAACUACUCUCACUUGCCGUCUCUCUAUUUGUACCCAAAUCGAGUCGUCUUCUGUGGUACUUGAAGUUACAUCUUUCACGUAAUGCAGAUACCAAAACAGAGACAGGCAAGUAUGCGGCGUAUUGUGAACGAGCAUUAGAGCGCACAUUGAAGAAUGGUGGACGCGAAACGAAACCUUCACGCAUGGAAGUUCUAUCAAUUUUGCUGAAGAAUCCAUAUCAUCACUCACUGCCACACGCCAUACCGGUGCACAUGAUGAACUCCACCUAUCAGGUCGUCUCCUUCGAUGGCUCGACGACGAUCGAGGAGUUCCAAACCACGCUCGCCCAGGAGAUCGGCACACGCGAUGCCACAAAUGGUUUCUGCCUCUUCAGCGACGACCCCAUCGAAAAAGACCUCGAACACUAUCUCGAUCCAUUAGCCAAGCUUUGUGAUGUCAUUUCCAAGUGGGAGACUGCUUUGCGGGAAAAAGGUUCCGGCAAAUUCGAGAAUACGCGUGUCAUCCAAUUGACCUACAAGAAUCGUCUGUACUGGCGACACACAGUCAAAUUUGAAACGGACAAGGAGCGCCUCUUGUUUUGCUACCAAACGAAUGCACAAAUAGUGCAAGGACGUUUUCCGUUGUCGCGCGAUCUUGCGCUCGAGUUGGCUUCGCUAAUGUCACAAAUCGACAUGGGCGACUACUCGCACGAAAAAUCGCGCGGCACGGGUAGCAACGUUGGACUCAAAGCGCUCGAUAAAUUCUAUCCCUAUCGCUAUCGUGAUGCGCUCAAUGCCGAACAACUCAAAGAGGUGCAAGAGUUGCUCAUCUCAAAGUGGAUGUUGCUCAAAGGACGCUCAACACUCGACUGUGUACGCAUAUAUUUGACAUGCUGUCGCAAAUGGCCCUACUUUGGCGCCAGUCUCUUUCAAGCCAAACCGCGUCACUCCGAUCAGGCAAUGGCCUGGUUGGCCAUCUCCGAGGAUGCGCUCAACGUGCUCGAACUCAGCUCGAUGACACCAAUGGCACGUUAUCCCUACACAUCGGUGAUGACUUUCGGUGGAUGUCAAGAUGAUUUCAUGUUAGUCGUCUCCAGCGAGGAUACACUAGCAACUUGCGGCACACAAGAACAGAAAUUGCUCUUCGCCAUGAGCAAACCAAAGAUACUCGAAAUUACGCUGCUAAUCGCCGACUACAUGAAUGCGCUCGGUCACACAGUGCCCGGCACACCACAAAUGAAUACGCUCACACGCAAUGGCUCACAUCGUUCGCUACGUUCACGUCCGGCCGGCGGCACUGGUACCGGUACCGGUACUGGUACGGGCACGGGCACCGGUGUAGGGGGUUGCGGCACAACCACCGCCGGCAUGUCUACCAAUGCGACCACAACGGCGCACAAUACACUCAAUUCGCAUGCCACACACACGCUCAACUCCACACAUUCGCAUACGCUGAGCUCAUCCCAUUACAGUGGCGGCGGCGGCGGUGGUGGCGGCAUUGGUACGCAUACAUUGGGCGGCAGUCAUCAGGGCACGAUGAGCUCUUCACACGGACAUACACAUCAUCAUCAACCGGAUAUAUUGAAAAGCACGCCCGAUCAUCAGCGCAUCAAGUAGAGAGUAAGUGUAUAACGGUAUAGCGGUAUAUGUAACAAAUAAGCGAUUUACGAGCGCCAAAAACUAAAUUAAGUUUAAUUUGUAGAACAAAACAGGUUGAAGGAGCAGAGAUUUCCGCUGCCGGUCAACAGAUUUGAUUUUUUACUGAAUUAGUAAUUUAACCAAAGAGCCGAUUUACAACAUUAGCCUGCGGGCUGCACCCACUUUCUAUGCAAGUAGUUAAGCAGUAACUAGUUUGACCCAGGUUUCGAUAGAAAACAAUAAAACUUCACUUUCACUACAAAGAUUUUUAACGCUUGCGACGGGCUCUCCAUUUCAAAAGUAUUUCAAGGAAUAAGAAGUUUUUUUUAGUACAAAAAGGAUCAACGAUGUUGGGGCAUAUUAGUGUGUUGUGCUCUACCUAUUUUUAAUUUUAUUUCAUGGUGUAAGAAAUCUGUUUCUCUGUACCAUUUUUGCAUCUUCUAUAAAGAAGUUGCGUCAUUUUCCUUCGAGUAAUUAUUUCUGUUAAGUCUUCCAAGACCUGUAGCACCUAUUUGUUGUCCAAUGUAACGUUUCCAAAUUACUUGAAAAUUUCUCUAUGCUAAUUAGAGCUCCAAACCUAACCCAGUUGAGUUCACGAAUACCUUUUUGAAAACCAAAAAAAUCUUAUUUCAAAUAUAUCUUCCAUCUUUAACGUUUCAAGUUCCAGUGUAUCUUCCGUAUCCUUACUUCUGGCCCACACAUUAAAACACGAUGCCUCAUUUUAUGCUAUAUAUUUUUCAUAUUCUUCUCAUGGCGCCUAUGAAUAUACCUUUUGGCAUCAAAACUAUUUAUUUUUUAAAGAAUGACGAAGUGUUAAAACGAGAAAAUUCUAUAUAAAAUUUUUUUAAAACCAAAUAUCUAUCUAAUGAUAUGCAUUGAAAUGCGUUUUAUGUCUGAUAAGAACAAAAUCAAGAAUCGAAAAUCGAACUGCUAUGUUUCCUAUUUAAAAUACAAUAACACGAGAAUGUUGACGAAAAAAUGAAAAUGUUGAAAACUAACGGUAGUUUGGUGCUGCAGUGAAAGCCAGUUCAAAUAAAAACUGCUGAGCUUUCGAACUUCAGUGUUUUUGAAAAGAAGUGAAAGCUAUACAAAUUUGACUAUUUAUUUAUUAUUAUAAAGAGCUUUAAUAAGCUUGAAAACUUUCUAAAGAAUUAGCGCCAAGUUUUGAACAAAAAUAAAAGCUUAGAAGCUUUCCAAAUAAACACUUGGGACCAACAAGAAUCUUUCAAAAAGCAGGAAAUGUAAAGCGAUCAAGCCAUUGUGAUUUUUCAUUUGUACUUAACCUGUGCAGUGAAAUGUUGCGUAACUUUGGAAAAUUAAAAAAAAGAUGAAUAUUCGUCUUGAAUUUCACUUUAAUUAUUUUCCUUUCAAAAGCAUUAACUACUUUUUUAUAGAUAUUGAUCUUCAAUUUUACAGUAAAAAAAGUUCCUAUUUACGGAAGCUUGUAAAAUUUUCGAACCGCAAAAGUCUCUCUUAAUUCCUGUGCUCCCUGGUGGGACAUAGGGCCUCUAGCCGCAAAACUAGCGCUGAUUUAAUUACGAAAAGUUCCACAAACUCACAGCUCUUUGCAAAAUUUUUGAAAUGCGAGCUUUAAAUGUUUAAUGAAGCCUUUUAGUUUUUGACAUUCACUGUUUACCUAAAAGUUGCACCGCCAAUAAUACGAAAAAAAAUCAUUUGUUUGUCUUAUUACCUUACGAAGGCCUUUGCUAUGCAGCGCUAAUUUACCGUUAGUGACGAAUGUAUAGUGAAUUUAAAAUCAAAAAAAGCGAAUUACAAAAUAUAUACAAAGUGUAUCUAAUUUAGAGCUAAGUUGCACUCAUUGUUAUGCUGAAAGUCACAAACAUUAUUUGCUUAAUAUUGAAAAGAAAAAUUCGUCUACAAACCUAUUAUUAUUAUAUUUAUGUAUGUAAUAAAUGAAUAUAUUCUAAAUGUAAAUUUUAGCGCGUAACGGAUAGAAGUAUAUAUUAAAAAAAAAUAUUGAUUGAUAGAAGACGGCCAAAAAGCUCUGCGAAAAAGUUCUGAAAAACACUACAAAUUUAAAAGCAAAUAAAAUUUUUUCAA